AUGUCGGUUCUUCCUCUGCGGGUCAGAAUGCUGCGGCAGGUCUGGAGGCUGAAGGGCGUCGUCGUGCUCGUGUGCAGCCCGUUCAUCCUGCUGCCGCUCGCACUCAGCACCUCGGAGGCGGCCUGUGCUUACGUCAUCGCCCUCAUGGCGGUCUAUUGGUGCACUGAGGUUCUGCCGCUGGCGGUGACGGCGCUGCUGCCGACCAUCCUGUUCCCCAUCCUCGGCAUCAUGGAGUCCAAAGACGUGUGCAUGCAGUACCUGAAGGACACCAACAUGCUGUUUGUGGGGGGGCUGAUGGUGGCCGUGGCCGUGGAACACUGGAACCUCCACAAACGCAUCGCACUCAGAGUUCUGCUGAUGGUCGGAGUCCGACCCGCCCUGCUGAUGCUGGGCUUCAUGGGGGUGACGGCCUUCCUGUCCAUGUGGAUCAGCAACACGGCCACCACCGCCAUGAUGGUGCCCAUCGUCCAGGCCGUCCUGGACCAGCUCAAUGGCAACGUGGAUCCCCAGGCCUCCUCCGAGACCCAGAGCAGGACUGUCGGCCCGCUUCAGGAGAAAACCGCCCUGCCGACAGAUGAUCCAAACAUCCUGGAGAGCG